CAAAAACUAGCACCUUCAACUGGGGAAUACCUGUUUCUUAGUUAAAAGCAUGAGAAAUUUCCUGGUUAAAUGAAACAAUUCAGGCACAUCAAGAAAAGCCUAAAGUACAGAAUCAAGUUAUACUAAAGGAAAACAUUGCUUUUCUAGGCCCUCAAGACAGAAUAUUUGAGUGUCAGGCCAUAACAGCAGAGUUAGAACCAGAGAAAAAGAGCUACAGUAGCCGAGUGCAGUGGCUCACACCUGUAUCCCAGUACUUUGGAAGGCCAAGCUCAAGAGGUUUGGAUAUGGACCUUCUUCAGUUCCUGGCCUUCCUCUUUGUCUUGCUUUUGUCUGGGACGGGAGCCACAGGCACCUUGAGGACUUCCCUGGACCCAAGCCUGGAGAUCUACAAGAAGAUGUUUGAGGUGAAGCGGCGGGAGCAGCUGUUGGCACUGAAGAACCUGGCACAGCUGAACGACAUCCAUCAGCAGUACAAGAUCCUUGAUGUCAUGCUCAAGGGGCUCUUUAAGGUGCUGGAGGACUCCCGGACAGUGCUCACCGCUGCUGAUGUGCUCCCAGAUGGGCCCUUCCCCCAGGACGAGAAGCUAAAGGAUGCUUUCUCCCACGUGGUGGAGAACACGGCCUUCUUCGGCGAUGUGGUGCUGCGCUUCCCGAGGAUUGUGCACUAUUACUUUGACCACAACUCCAACUGGAACCUCCUCAUCCGCUGGGGCAUCAGUUUCUGCAACCAGACGGGCGUCUUCGACCAGGGUCCCCACUCGCCCAUCCUCAGCCUGAUGGCCCAGGAACUGGGGAUCAGUGAGAAAGACUCCGACUUCCAGAACCCAUUUAAAAUCGACCGCACAGAGUUCAUUCCCAGCACUGACCCUUUCCAGAAGGCCCUGAGAGAAGAAGAGAAACGCCGGAAGAAAGAGGAGAAGCGGAAAGAGAUCCGAAAAGGCCCAAGGAUCUCCAGAUCCCAGUCUGAGUUAUAGCCCUGGAGCAGCUCAGGGCUCAAGGGGCCACAAGGAGGCAGGUCGGGAGGAAGAAGAGGUGGAGAUGUGGUUGUGGUGGAGAGCACCAGCCAGCCCCUUCCAGAAGGAGAGGCCACAUUUUCCCAGCCCCCUGGAGCUGGGUCUGAGCCCUGGCUGAAGGGACUGAGCCUCAGAUAGCUGGCUUUUCUCUCAGGGGCCUCCUGCUGAAGGGGCCUUCAGAGGACUUUAUAUUGGAAAUAUGACCCUGUGCAGACUGCUGGGGGAGGCAGGGCGAUGCCUGCCUGGACUCUUUUGGUGGCUGAAAACCUCUGGCCAGCUGGCUUCCACUCUUGGUGGGGAAGCAGCAGAAGUAGGUUCCGAGCCACAGGUGAGGGUGCCACCCUGCUGCUGGCCCCACGGUGUCACAGAGCUGCCUGGCACAGGUCCCAGCCCCUCUGCAGAGACACAAUAAACGCCAGCGGACCCUUUGGAGCAACCAAGGCUCAGGGAUGUAGAAACAGCUUGGAGGAUGUUUCUGCCCCACCGGUGGUGGGGGCCAGGCCCUGGCGGGGCAGAGAAGCAAGGGGCUUGGCUUGGGCCUCCUGUUCCUACCCCAGCACUGCCCUUGACAAAGGAUUGGUGUUGGGAAGGGACCUGGAAGUGUCCUGGGAUCUGAGAAACAUUUAGCUCAAGAAGACCUUGGAGCAACAUGAUCUCUGUCCUCAGAUGUCUGGGGACAGUCAUUGAGCAAGUACAGGAAAGUCAGCUUGUUCUCUUCAGCAGUGCUGGAAGACAGUCAACCUGUGGGUGGGGGGCUGCAGGGGGACAGGCCGCAGCCCUGCAGGAGGCCAUACUCCACAAUGGCUGCCAUAAGCUGCACGGCUCAGACAGCUUCACGUCUCGGGAGGCCACAGGGCAGGGAAGAUGCAGAGGGCAUGUGGCCCUGGGUACACUCAUGCCCCUCCCAAGCAGAGGAGGGAAGGGCUUUAGUGAGAAUUCUAGCUCUGCCUCUUUGACCUUGCCAAGUCAGGAUCUGCCUCUUAAAGAAGCAGAGAAAACCAUCCCAGAUCCCCUCGACACCCAACCCUCUACCACUGACAGAGCCCAAGUUAGAUCUGAGUCUUAGCCCUUCAGAUUGCUGACUCUCCCUGGCCCACCCUUUCCCCUCCCUGUGCUGCAGCUUCAUUGGCAAAAUGAAUUUGAUGGUAUCUGAAUCCCCUGCCCAGCCCUAACCUGUUUCUCUGAGGCUGGCCUCUCUGCGGGGCCGUGGCAACAAAGGGAAGCUGAGCCUUACGGAAGCUGAGCCUCAUGGAAGGGCCCAGAACAUCCUGCACCCGUCAGUUACUCAGAAGUAAAGGGACAAGAAGCAGCUGGAAGAGAGCUGGGUGUGGGGGCUGGGAGGAGUGCUGGAGAAAUUUCCCCAUCAGAACUGCACCAGCCACCUGGGCCCACUCACUGGGCAGUGGAGGCAGGGCAGUGUGGUGGGACUGACUCAACAGACCUAGCUCCAUCUCCACCCUGCCCCUCUCAGGUUGUGUGACCCCAGCCACAUGGACACCAGAGUCUGUGAACUAAAGGGCUGGACCAUGGCAUUAACAGUG